AUGCCAACAAGGCGUCUCGAAGCUGUAUAUUCACUCCAAACCUCUACGGCUAUCGAACUGCCAGGCAACAAACCCGCUUCACAAGCUAAAGAGAAUUUACCUUUUCAUGUUUAUCUCGCUAAGUCUGAAAAGGAGGAUUUUGUCCUUAAAAAUGUCCCUGAUUUCGAGUAUCUUCAGCAAGUCUAUCAAAGAAUAGAUGGCUGGCCUCAUCUCCGCCUACCAAAAGAUUCAAUGGCCGAGCGCUCGAUGUUUGUUUAUAGAUAUAUGACGGCCGACUUUUUGAAUCUACCUGUUAAAACAGAGUUACCAUUGGACACAGCCAAGCGAAUUCUGAGAGAUGCGUUGCAAGGCCUUGCUGCAUUGCAUGAUAAUGACAUAAUACAUAACGAUAUCAAGGCAAACAACAUCUUGGUGGAUCAAAAAGACGAUGGCACUAUCAUAGACGUCCGGCUAGGCGAUAUUGAAGAUGCCGCAAUUGUGCCACCAGGCUGUGGGAUAUCAGGGAGACAGCUGGGCAAUUGGAUGUGGCGUAGUCCAGAAUCUCAUGCCGAGGGGCCCAUGACUUCACCCUCUGAUGUCUUCUCCUUUGCAAUCGUGAUCACCCGUGAUGGUUUCAAUAAGGAGAACCCUCGAAAGCCAUUUGCUCUGUGGGAAGGCGUGGAUCCAGUGUUCAAGGAUCUAAUCUGUCGAAUGACACAUUUCAACCCAGGGAAGAGAAUAACCGCGCGUGGGGCACUAGAACACGAGUGGUUCAGGGGAAUAUAG